CCACUGUAGACACCAACCAAGUCGAUUCGUUCACAUAAUCUGAGCAGUUUGAAGUGAAAAUAAUAAAAAAAAAAUUUAAUUCGAUUCAUUUUUUCAUAGAUUUUAAUUUUAACAUAGCUAAAAUGUUCAUGCAGUACUGUUACAUGAAAUAUGUAUCACCAAUGCGAUCAAACAUUAUCUGGAGCUCCGCAUUUAGGAGAGCAGUCCAUAACACGACCCCAACCCUUUACGGCGAUGAAGCCUCCCCUCCCGUGCGAUUCGUGAUGAUGACCGCCUCUCUGCUCGGAGUACAGCUGCAAUUUCAUAAAAUCGAUUUGUUUUCUGGUAAAAACAAAACUGCUGAUUAUACAAAGAUAAACCGUUUGCAAAAGGUUCCUGCUCUUGCGGUAGGAGAUGAAGUUAUAUGUGACAGCCAUGCCAUCGCCCUGUACUUAUGCCACCAAAGUGGGUCCCAAGAUUUGUACCCAGAAGACUCCUUAUUACGCGCAAGAGUGGAUCAGAUGAUGUUUUUCAACUCUGGUUCCCUGUUCCCAGUCGAUAGUUGUGUAUUUACGGACUACUUCGCUCAUAAAUGGCCAGUGGAAAAGAAAAUAAUAGAUCAAUGGCAUCAUCUCUUAGACCUUUUGAAUUAUCAACUCGGCAAAUAUUUAUGGCUUGCUGGAGAUAAGAUGACGUUAUGUGAUCUUUGUUGCGCAACAACUGUGAGUUCCUUACAAAUUCUGGUACCAGUAACGGAACGCCAUGAUAAAGUGCUCAAGUGGUUGAACAACAUGCAACAAUUACCCUGUUACUCAAUCAAUACUCGUGGUAUUCAACGUUUAAAAAGUUUUGUUGAUAGUAUCCAAAAACAUUAGAUCGUAUUUUUAAAACGACGUAGAUAUAGACGAUGAUUAUGCUUUAUGUAUAUUGAAGGCGAC